CGCUGGAAGCACGUCGUCUCCCGCGGUCUUACUUUCGUUAUCAGCUGAUCGAUUGUUGCGAAUGUGUUGAUCAUGUGUUGUGUUGGUGUGAUGACUAGUUGAGUUGGUUGUGUUGUUGUGAUAUCUACAGUGUGUUAUCACUGGCAGGAUGCCCAUCAGCGAGGAUGAGAUGGACCAGGGAUAUGUGUCACAUCAGCAAGGAUCAACGAUGUCCAAAGCUGAACAGAGACGGAGCAACAAGCCCAUCAUGGAGAAGCGACGGCGAGCUCGCAUCAACCACUGUCUCAACGAACUCAAGUCCCUCAUCCUGGACGCUAUGAACAAGGACCCUGCUAGACACUCGAAGUUAGAGAAGGCAGAUAUCCUAGAGAUGACAGUCAAACAUCUACAGACCAUACAACGCCAGCAACUGUCGCUGGCGGCCGGCGCAGACCCCACUGUGGUCCAGCGCUUCCAGUCUGGCUUCACAGAGUGCGCCGGCGAGGUAGGCCGAUACAUUGGCCGACUAGAUGGAGUAGAAGCUGGGGUCAAGCAGAGGUUGGUCAGCCAUCUUGCAUCUUGUGUCAAUGGUCUACAGCAGAUGGCCACACCUUCGUCUCAGACUGGUCCUCCAAGUAGCCGGCCAUCUUCAGAAGAUGUGAAUAACAACACAGCGUCUGCCAGGCUGCAGAUGAUGACAGGGCUACAGCUGAUCCCCAGCAGGUUGCCGUCCGGAGAACUGGCGUUGCUGCUACCCAACUCCCAGCAUCUGCCUUGCUUUCCCCCACCCCUGGACAACCAGGUGACCACCACCAGUGAGCCGCAGGGUCGCCCCAGUGCCUUCACAGCGGUCGCACGGUCACGGUCGCCUCCUGUCAGUCCAUCCUCCACCACGAUGUCCAGCUAUGGUGAGGAGUCUUGUGACCAACCCUUCCCCAGCCCUGAGGUCUCCUCCACGUCCGAACACCACCAGGACUAUCCUCCGAGAGAACCACAAAAUUUAAAAGAACCAAACAGCUUUACAAGUUUCAAUGCACCGAUUCAACCCUUGACUGUUAUAACUUCAGAUGAGAUGCUGAAAGCCUUUCCACAACGUUAUACUGAUCGAAAACCCACUUUUAAGGAUCCUUUAGACUACUCUGUGAAAAAAGACUACAUUCCUCAUCCAGUUAAAAGACCACUACCGAAUGAAUCCAACUUAUUGAUUGAAGCAACUGAUUACCAACCUCCUUUAAAGGUACAAAAAACUUUCAGAGAAAAUUUACCUCAGAAUAAUAUCUUUGAGGAGAGAAAAAGUUUGUUUGAAAUUCAAAAUAAAUCACACACUGUUAUCACCCACCAUCGAAAUGAUAGUUCACUUGACAGAAAAAGUCUGCUUGAAAUUCAAAACCAACCAUCUACCUCAUCUUCACAAGUUUCUCGUGAUAUGUGGCGACCUUGGUGACUUCCGAUU